UCAAAACACCCGCUUCGGCUCGUGCCUCCCAGAACCGCCAUGUCGAACUGUGUGGGCAUUUCUCCCUUCGAGUGGUUGAAUUACACGCGCUGGCCGUUUUUACAGUGACGUGCGCGCGAGCUGGAUCGGCGAACGGCGGCGGACUGCGAGUGGUGUCACCUGAAGGCGACGCUCAUCAGGUCCCGCAAACGGCGGCUGGCGUUUGCCCUUUCGCCUGAUUAUUCCCAUCGGAGCGACCACCGCACCGUGUUUCCUUGGCAACUCUGCGCCCGCACUCGCAACGCUCACAACAGGUUGAGCGGCGGCGCAUGCGAGCAGCCGCCGGUGUGCCCUUGCAUGGCUGAGGACAGCGGCCAGUCAUGGGCUUUGCGUGCUGGGCUCGGGAGGUCCGCCAAGAGACGGAGAGGCGCAUUCGGGCUAAUAAUCCCGAAUACAACAGCCAGUUUAAUUAUGCUAACAACUACAUCAAGACAUCCAAGUACUCCCUCCUGACGUUCCUGCCACGAAACUUGUUCGAGCAGUUCCAAAGGCUCGCCAACUUCUACUUCCUAUGUCUCCUUGUCUUGCAAAUGAUCCCGCAGAUCUCCUCCCUAACCCCGUGGACCACCGCCGUGCCUUUAGUUGUGGUGCUGUCUCUGACAGCUCUGAAAGAUGCUAUCGACGAUAUUCAACGUCACCAGAGUGACAACCAGGUCAACAACAGACUGUCCAAGGUGCUUCGCAAUGGCCAACUCGUGGAGGAGCGUUGGCACAAAGUCCAAGUGGGCGACAUCAUAUUUAUGGAGAACGACCACUUCGUGGCUGCCGACCUACUGCUGCUGUCUACAAGUGAGCCAAAUGGCCUAUGUUACAUCGAGACGGCAGAACUUGAUGGUGAAACUAACCUCAAGUGUCGCCAGGCCACUCCUGACACAGCUGAGAUGAGCAAUGACAACCAGCUCCUGGGGAGGUUUGAUGGGGAGAUUAUUUGUGAGGCACCGAACAACAACCUGAGCCGGUUCGAGGGUACCCUGUUCUGGCAGGGUCAGUCGUAUCCGCUGGACAACGACAAGCUGCUGCUGCGGGGCUGCGUGCUGCGGAACACCCACUGGUGCUACGGGGUUGUGGUGUUUGCAGGCCGGGACACCAAGCUCAUGCAGAACAGUGGCAAGACCAUCUUCAAGCGCACCUCUCUCGACAGGCUCCUCAACGUUCUCAUCCUCGGCAUUGUGUUCUUCCUGUUCAGCAUCUGCCUCUUCUGCACCAUAGCGUGUGGUGUAUGGGAGACAGUGACAGGCCAGUUCUUCCGUGUCUACCUUCCUUGGGACAAAGUCAUCCGCUCGGACAAUACCGUGGCCGGUGCCACUGCCAUUGCCGUUCUCAUCUUCUUCUCCUAUGCCAUUGUACUCAACACUGUCGUGCCCAUCUCCCUUUAUGUCAGUGUGGAAGUGAUUCGCUUCUGCCACAGCUUAUGGAUAAACUGGGACGAAAAGAUGUACUAUGCACCGAAAGACGCUCCAGCACGAGCACGCACCACAACAUUAAAUGAAGAGUUGGGACAGAUCGAGUACAUUUUCUCCGACAAGACGGGCACCCUGACACAAAACAUCAUGGCAUUCAUCAAGGCGUCCAUCAAUGGCCGUCUCUAUGGAGACGUCCUCGACCCAGCCACAGGGGAAGCUAUGGAAAUCAAUGAGAACCUGAAGACCGUGGACUUCUCGGAGAACCCAGAGCACGAAACAGCCUUUCGUUUUUAUGACCCAUCUCUGCUGAAGGACGUAAUGGCUGGAGACACCGAUGCUCGGGAAUAUUUCCGUUUGCUGGCUUUGUGCCACACCGUUAUGUCGGAGGAGAAGGAUGGCCGUCUCGAAUACCAGGCGCAGUCACCAGACGAGGCUGCACUCACAUCGGCAGCUCGAAAUUUCGGAUUUGUUUUCAAGAACCGGACACCAAAAAGCAUUACUAUUGAAGUUUGGGGCCAGGAAGAAGUCUAUGAACUCUUCGGAAUUUUGGAUUUCAACAAUGUUAGAAAAAGAAUGUCGGUGAUUGUGAAGAGGAAUGGUGUCCUUAAGCUUUACUGCAAAGGUGCUGACUCUGUCAUUUUUGAGCGCCUUCAUCCGAGCAGUGAGCCUCUCAAAAUUAAAACAACGGAGCAUUUGAAUAAAUAUGCUGGUGAGGGCCUGCGGACAUUGUGCCUGGCCUACAAAGACCUAGACGAGGCAUAUUUCCAGGAGUGGAGCAGAGGACAUCAUGAGGCUGCAACGUCUCUGCACGACCGAGAGGAGUUGGUGGAUGCCGUGUAUGACGAGAUUGAACAGGGCCUGACACUGAUAGGUGCCACAGCCAUUGAGGACAAGCUGCAGGAUGGCGUGCCGCAGGCCAUUGCUAAUCUGGCCAUGGCUGGCAUCAAGAUAUGGGUCCUCACAGGUGACAAGCAGGAAACGGCCAUCAACAUUGGCUACUCGUGUCAGCUGCUCACAGACGACAUGGUGGACAUCUUCAUCGUGGAUGGCAUGGAACGCGAUGAAGUGUACAAGCAGCUGAGCUCAUUCCGCGAAAGCAUUGCAGGCAUCGUUGCGCACGGCCGAGGUGCUGGAGACUGUUCGGUCGUGCGUUUCAGUGACAAUGAGAAUGGCCAAGCCUGGGAACUGUCUGGAGGAGAAAGCCUGGGUGGCUUUGCUCUCAUCGUCAAUGGACAUAGUUUGGUGCAUGCUCUGGAAGAGGACAUGGAGCUCCUGUUUCUGGAAGUGGCCAGCCGGUGCAAAGCAGUCAUCUGCUGUCGCGUCACUCCUCUGCAGAAGGCCCUUGUCGUGGACCUUGUCAAAAAACAUAAACGUGCCGUUACUCUUGCCAUUGGGGAUGGUGCCAAUGAUGUCAGUAUGAUCAAAAUGGCACACAUUGGAGUGGGCAUCAGUGGUCAAGAAGGCAUGCAGGCGGUGCUGGCCUCGGACUUUUCGGUGGCCCAGUUUCGCUUUCUCGAGCGACUGCUGCUGGUGCACGGUCGUUGGUCCUACCUGCGUAUGUGCCGUUUUCUCCGGUACUUCUUCUACAAGAAUUUCGCAUUCACCCUCUGCCACUUCUGGUUUGCGUUCUUCUGUGGAUUCUCAGCACAGACCUUGUAUGAUCCAGUGUUCAUCUCUUUCUACAACGUCUUCUAUACGUCUCUGCCUGUAUUAGCGCUGGGUGUCUUUGACCAGGACGUGAACGACGUGAACUCUAUGCGCUAUCCCAAGCUCUACACGCCAGGCCAUUUGAAUCUGCUUUUCAACAAGGUUGAGUUCUUGAAGAGUGUCGCGCACGGAGUGGUCUCCUCCUUUGUCCUGUUUUUCAUCCCGUACGGUGCCUUCAGCAACAGCAUUGCACCCGAUGGAGUCAAUUUGGAUGGGCAACAGCUGCUGGGCACCACAGUUUCGACCAUCCUCGUCAUCGUUGUGAACGCCCAGAUUGCUCUGGACACAUCAUACUGGACUGUGUUCAACCACAUUGUCAUCUGGGGCUCUGUGGCAUUCUACCUGGCUAUGACGUUGUUCAUCAACUCUGACAUUGUGGGUAACCAGUUCCUUGGCUCGCUGCGCAUGACGCUUGGCUCGGCGCAGUUCUGGUUUGUGGCAUUCCUCACGGUUGCCGUACUGCUGCUGCCUGUGAUCGCAUUCCGCUUCUUCUACACGGACGUCUUCCCCACACUCUCGGACCGCGUGCGACUCAAGCAGCGGCGGGCGCGCCGUCUACGCCGCGAGGGUGCGCCCGAGAGCGGACUGGGUCGUGCCACGAGUGUGCGGCAGGGAAGCCGGCGUCGUUCGGUGCGUUCGGGCUAUGCCUUCGCACACCAGGAAGGCUUUGGCAGACUCAUUAUGAGCGGCAAGAUAAUGCGGCGUGCGCGCUCUGGUGGCAACUGGAGCAACUCUCUCCACGUCCCUCCCACAUUGCCCAACCAGCCAGACGACACGAGGUCUCCGCCUUUGGCGUGAGGAGUGACACAGUGUCGUGUGAUGCUUCUGCAUUUGUGCUUCGCAAGAACAUUGGAGCCCACAGGCAAGCAACGCGCAUGCCAUCCCAUUGACAUAAUGUUACUAUAGUGCAGCCUGAUCUGUUUUGCACAUCACCACGGAUGCGUGCGAAUCGGUCCGGACCUUCAUACAACACAGGAAACCCUCCUUCUGUUGGCCUGUCCUGGCCGCGCAUGUCGCAAGUGCUGCAGCUGUACAGUCGAGAUUGCGAUGGCUUCGUCGCCGUUGUGACUGUGAUGAAAUUACUGCAGCAUGCACUCUGGCUAGCCCACGGUGAUGAUGAUGGUGGUGGGGGUAGUGCAUGUGCCGUCUUUGGUACAUGUGGGCAGUGUAGCGUUGUUGCACUUCGCGUAUUGUGCGACUGUGCACCAGUACCGCUUCAGCACAGGUGGCAAUGAGUCUUCUUGCUUCAUCGCUGUUGUUUCCACUGCUGUGCUGUAAGAUAAACCUACCUCCCUGCCUGUUAUAUGCCUGUCACUGUUCAUUCUUAACACGCUGUAAUCGACUGGAGAGCUUGACUUGGUCAUGUAAUGCAACAGACCACUACGAGGUAAGCAGCAAGCCACGUUUGACAUUGUAUCUUUCAUUUGUUUUCUGUGCCUCUAAAGCUUGUUGCAUUCGCAAUUUUUGCAAAAAAAGAAUACUCUCCCGCUUUUUUUUUUUUAACUGGAAUUCUAAUUUGAACUUCAGUGCUUACAUUUCAUAACUGUAGAGGUUGAUCAAAUGUUUUCGUUUUUUGCAUAAGCUUGUACACUUACUUUUUUUUAAAUCUCUGGCUUUCUUUUUCUUUCUCAUUGUCUCUGUUUUCGGGCAUCAUUUUGUACAGGUCUGAAUGGCAAUAUCAAGAGGAUAUUUUUGAAGAGAGCAAAGUUGCCAGCAUUUUUAUAAGGGAACUUGGGGUUUAUUGGGGAUUAUCCGCAGACUACUACUAGCAAUGUGCACUGAUAUGUGACGCUUUACUGCCACAACGCUUUGAUGAUUUUUACUCUGUGCAUUUUUGCACUUUACAAGCACCCUCUUUCGUUUUCUUGUUUUUUAUUAAUGAAUUAUCGAAUAGGUGGGAAGGAAAGUUUACUAUAUUAUUUAUUUCUUGUUACACAUUAUACCUAGAUUGUUUUUCUCUUUCUAAGCUGUUAUAUAUACAUGUGUUCGUUUUCUUUGUGCCCCAAUUUUACACUUGCUUAUCAGUCGAUGUAGCAGCCGGACUGUCUGUGUAUGUUGAAAAGUUCUGUUUUGUGCUGGAAUGUCCCGAGUGGUGCCGUUUGUUAUUUUAACAGCCAAGUUGUGGGUGCAGGCCUUCUGAAGGUAAUGUGAUGAAUGUGCUGAGUGGUGACAACAAUUGUGCUUGAAGGAACAAAAGAUUUGCCCAACCGUGAAUGUCACGAGCUGCAUCUAUUCUUUCUUAUGAUAGAGUGUGAAGGAAGCGAACUCAUUAUCGUGUUAAGGCCUUAUAAGGAAGCAUUUUAGUUUCUAAAAUUAUCAGUUAAGUAUACAUUUUCACUGUAUCACCAAUUAUGCAUGGUGACAAGCGACCUGCUAUUGAGGUGGACACCACAAAAGAGUCGUGCCACUUGUUAUUUACCUUCCUUUGCCAGUGUUGUCAUGCCACUAUACCCGGUGACGUCAUACAAACUCGCAAGCAUAUAAGUUCAAGCUGGUAAAGUCGUCGGUGCUGUCAAACUGUGUUGUUAGUUCAUGUUUUGUUUCCAUUUUGUUUAUUGUCACAACAUUUUUAUGUAAUCAGUGUGAGCGUUACAAAAUGUAUGCGGAGUGUUUGCAAGGUUAACUAGGCGUGAUCGGCUAAGAGAGUUGGAAAGACCAUUUGUGGAUGAAUGCUGGCUUUGUAUAGCUUGUGUUGUAUGCUGAAGAGUGAGGCUUCUACUGUGACCUAUGCUGGGAUCUAUACAUCAAUAUUUUCUUCUUUUUCCUAUGCAGCCCUUUGUGAAAUCGCUUGGAGCUGCUGGCACAGGUAGCUAGUGCAGAGCAGGCCAAUCAAACCCCAUUGUACCUGCAUACAUUUUUCUUAUGCUGAAAAACAUAAUCACUUGGACUUGGAGGACACUAGUCUUUAGUAGUGUUGUUGAUGAUGAUGAAGUUGUAAUGUGAAGAAAGACAUUUCAAAUCUGCAGAAAUGUUUGUACACUAUCCCCAGAGCUUUCUUUUUAGACCAACCAUAAGUCAGGUGGGGAACCAGUAAAUGCAUUUAUUAGUCUCUAAAAAAAUGAUAGACGAGCACCACAGUUUUCAUGAAUUUCACCUUGAAAACACAGGAGAAUGUUUAUGUUGUAAACAACAUUGUCAACAAAGUACAAAAAUGUGAUGCAAAUGUGUGUUUCACAGAUUACAGUGAAAGUGGGGAAAAUACUGCUAAUCAGAGUGCAGGUGGAGUAAACAAAAAUUAACUAGAGAAGAUAUUGUUGUGGCUUCACCGGAAAUGAGGGCAAAAGUUAAUGUGCUUAUCCGAGGAUUUUUGCUGGCAUCUCGAACUGUGAAUACUAAUGAAACUGUCCUGCAAGUGGACAAAGUGCACGAUGUUGGAUCAGUAGAGCACAACACGUGUGUCACUGGCUCUGAAUUCUAUAUUCUGGUUUUAUGACAUACUAUUAGCAUUCAAUGAAAGGUCUUUAGUUUAGAAGGACACAGUUUACAAUAUGGCAGUUUUAUUUUUGCAUUGGGUCUUUGGCAUCUUCUAGCUGCGCAGCUUGCCUGAUUUCAGUGUACAACUAAACAUUUCGACGCUUCUUCUAUUUCUUGUCUUCUAGUGGUGGUGGUUUGGCAUCAUUCAAAGUAAUGUACCAACUGGCUCAACAAAAAAUUCUGGCAACCUAAAUAUUGAACAUCUUCGUUAAGAAUGGGGCAAAAAACAUGGGACACAAAAUGAUCAAAACACAAGGACAGGCACCGGUUCUUUCGUCGUGUUUUUUGUGCCGUUCUUAACUAUGCGCCCACACCAACUUGCCCAACUGUCAGUGCAAUUGAACAUCUGUACCAUUAAAGUUUCGCACUGGUCGCACACUAAAAAGUUCGAAAACACAAGCUCAGUUUCAAAAUGAAAAAUGUGCAAUACAUGUUAGUUGUGGUGCAUAUGUCAUGCUUUUAUCACACCAAUGUUGUUUUCUGAUGCGACACUUGGCUGAAACUCGCCAGACAGAACUUCUCACACACUCUAAUCUGUUUAUUAGUAGUGAAAAAAAUCUGGAAACUGCCAAUCAUAUCCCCCCCAAGGUCAUGUGAUCGCAGUAAUGAGCAAUUUCGUGUACCUUCCAGUCCCCACGCUUGGCAGAAAAAAUUUUACCUGUGGUAGCAAGAACGAUAAAAUUAAGCCAAGAAAGAUUCCGAUGUUCUGUUGGGUGCAUUUUAUGUGCAAAGCACGUUUGCAUUGUUCCAAUACAUGUGCAUUCUGCAACGAUUGCACUUGUGCCUGCAUUUUUACACAUUCCUCUUGUGCACACUGGAGGUCUUCAGAAAGUAGAGCGCCAUACUAUACCUGUACGAAAUGGUCGCCUUAGUUCAGUGGUACCUUUCAAUGAUUCCUGCACACAUUGUGUUGCUAAAAUACUUUCAUUACCAUGCUUUUCCUAUGUUCACUUGCAAGGUGAUGAAGUGGUAACGCAUCUUUCGAGUAUCUCUCUAUUGUGGAAAUGGUCUAGGGGCUCUACUGAACUACAGUCUCAACUUCAGGAAAUGAACUGUGGCAUAUUACACUCUGACAAGUCAAGGAAGUGCUUAGAAUUGAGGCUCAUCUAAAGGUACAGGGUUACCAUUUCAAAGGUGCUGCAAAGAUUGCAUGCCUCUGUUUUAGCGCGACACAGAUUUGAAGCACCGAGUAACCGUUUACUUCAAGUACACCACGCUGCCACGAUGUAUUGUCAGCCUUGUGAGCUCUGUGUACCACCUCAACAUUUUCCCCAAGCAUGCCAAAGUGUGCUCUUGGUGUGACUUUGGAUGAUGGGUAUGUUCAUUAGCCCGAAUUUUUAUUACUCCACUUGUUCUAAUAAGCGGCAAAAUGUGGUUUUGACAGGACCCAAGGUUUGAUUUGGACAAUGGGAGGGUGUAGCAACUGAAAUCUUACUUGUCGAGCAAUAAUAAGAAAGCAUGUUUUGUCUAUUCUCUUCUUCGGCUGUUUGAUGAAGCCUCUACGAAAAGAUGACCACAUGUUUAGCACCCUUGAAGUAUGCUGAACUCUGCUCUGUCUGACACCAUCCAUUAUUUUUAGAAGUGCUAUGUGGGGUGUUGCAGAGAAUGCAAGCUUUUAUUAAAAAUAGGUUCCAAGCGUUUCACUUAACUCACUUUAGGUCACACUUCGUAGUGGUUUCAGAACGAGCCCAUCAUUCUUUCCACCUCAAUGGUGAAUAGCAGCAAGUAAGUUUUAUGUUGCAUCUUGGUUGUCAUAUAAGUCAUAUUUGAGAUUAAGCUAUCGUUAUGUGUGGUAUUCAUUACAUAAGUGAGAAUGUAAAUGUUAACUUGUUCUGUUUCACCCAUGUUCACAUUGUCAACCAUCGACUAUAACUAUUGUGUGUCGAAUGCAGGCACUGCAUUAAAGAAGUACAGACACUUUUUUUGUGUGUGUUUUGCUUUGAAGCUCUAACAAGUUUGCUCAUACACAAGCAAUAUUUACUAGUAUCUGCAGCAAUUUUCCAGACUGCAUUGUUAAGUUGACAUUGUAUACUUACACCCACAGUAAUGCAAGCUUUUGUUAAUGCAAGCAGUUGUUGCUUUCUGUGUCUUAUGUUCAAAAUGGACAGGAUGCAUAUUUGAGAUUGUUCCAAAUGCACAAGUGUACAGCUUCAGAAAGCCAUUUAUGAUUUGCAAAGCCUGUAAGUGCAGUCUAUCAAUACUGAAUAACGUGGAGAAGUUUUACUACAUUUUAAAGUGCCAACAGGUACCGGUGCUAUUUUUAUACAGUGUCGAAAGCCGUACCAAAGUCUAAUACAACAUUUAAGGCACUUCCCUUAAUGCCGUUAUUUGCAGACCAGGAGAUGUGUAUUUGGGCUUAAAAAGUUGUGUCUGUACUUCUUUAAGAGGGAAUGCACACAGCUCUAAUCUAUAGCACAAUUUCCUCUUCUGCUGUUGUCACCUGUAUAGUGUUUGUUACACCCCCCAACCAAUGCUGUGCUAUUCAUGGUGACAUAGCAGCUAGGUAUUGUAAACACUGCUAUCGCAACUUGUUGAAAAAGAUCCGUAUUUUGGACAUCUCGUUUCACUGCAUGUCAGACCCAGCAAGAGGCAUCUUACAAGUUUGAAUGGUGCACCUUGUUGCAUUCAGCCUUGGAUAUUGGUCUAUUUUUGUCGGAGUAGUUAUUUUUGAAAAUUGUCUCUCCAGCUAGUAGGUGUGGGCCUCAUUAAUGUUUGGGAUUAGCAAGGAAGCUCCAGAAGAGAAUGUCUUUGUAUUUAAAGCACUAUGAAACAAGAGCACAAAUGGGAGUGCAGCCUUUCUUCAAAGAGCGAGGUAACACAGAUGUGGGACCACUCCAGAAGACAGGCAACAGGGAGAAGACUGGUAGCAUUCCUCAUUGUGUGCAGCCUAGAGGAGCUUUGCAUGGCUUAAAUCACCAUAUCAUGCAAGCCAUUCAGGCAUCGCAGUGUUUGAUUUGUACUCGGUAUCCCUGGUUGCAGAUUCACGCACCUGCAAUGUUUGCCGUAUGAACUGCCCCUGUUCAUCCAGCCCGUGCUCUUUAAAGUCUUUUGUUUUCAAAUGACAUAACAGUUAAGUCAUUCAUAUGCGUGUAAAGAGGUUAGUGGAUGUGAGAUCACAUAUCAGGUAGUACAUGCAGACCCUUCUAAAAAAUAAACUGUGGGGAAAUGAUAAUCGAUUUCGGGUCUUCAGUCUGGGUGCAGCUGGGACAAAAGACAUCAGCGGCUUUGUUCUUUCAGCUCGAGGACCAUGCAACAGUUCGCUGUUUCGCUGGGAGCUAGCUCACCAAGAAAUGCACUGUCAAGGGAGCAUUUGGGAAUCGUGGUUCUCUGAAAUACUGCCAAGUUGGGUAAUAAACUGGAAUAGACCAGUACACGUUUUCAGCAGUUUUGUUUCAGUGGAACAUUGGGGCAGUGAACCUUCCAGCACUGACAGGUUUGAACACAGUCUCAAAUGGUCAAAAUUGUUAUAGCUGUUUAACUGUUGAGAUAAACCAAAUUCCUGCCUAAACUUGGCAGGCACUCUGCUACAAGUAGGGUUGAUGAAUAUGGAAAAGCUUUGCAAUAUUCUAUUGGAAGUGAAUGUCUUCUUUGGCCCAUGUCUUGUCUUUGCAACAAUGGAGUGCCUUAGUGAGUGCCGCUAGCAAGAAAUGUUCACUGUACCAAGGCCUGCGCUUGUGUGACCUCGUUACCCAGUGUGGACUGCCGAGUGGGGAAGUGUUGAGUGGAGUCUAUCUGUGCUGAUGGCUUUGUUGGGCUUGUGUGCAUCAUGGUAUUUCUGCAAGUAAACAACACAAGGAAAAGCAA